GAAAAACAUGAAGCGCCAAUUUUAAGCAUUGAAUUUUCACCCGAUGAUACCUUCAUUGUCACCACUUCUGCUGAUAGUACAAUUGCUCUGUGGGAAUUGAAAAGUGGCCGAUUAUAUCGAGUUUUCAAGCAACAUAAAAAAGCUGUAACUUGUUGCUCUUUUAGUUCCAUUGAUACGCAUAUUUUGGCAAGUGGUUCAGAAGAUCAUUUAGUUAUGUUAUGGAAUAUUAAAUUAGGCCGUCGCGUUGCACGAUUUGAAGCUCAUGAAAAUACCGUCACGGCAUGCACAUUUUCACCUGAUGGUAAAUGUUUAGCCACGGCAUCGAAAGAUUGUACCAUUAAAUUAUAUGAUAUUGUACCUGGUAGUGGACAAUAUAUCAAUGGUAAAUAUCUAUGCCUAGAAGGUCAUGAAGGGCCAAUUCAUUCUGCCCAGUUUUCUCCUGAUGGAAUUUUAUUAGCCACUUGUUCUGACGAUCGGACAAUACGAUUAUGGAAUCGCGUUUCCGGUAAGAUUACUAGUAUUUUAACUGAUCCAUAUAAUCCGGUGAUACAGUGUCGAUUUAGUGGCGAUGGUGGUGAAAUUGCAUCCUGUUCUGGUAAAUGUGUUCGGGUGUGGAAUACAAUGUUAUGCGAAAUAGUCAACAUAUUAGAGGGAUAUCAUACUGAAAUGGUCACGACAAUUGCAUUUUCAGCUGAUGGAAAAAUUGCUACGGGGUCUACUGAUCGAACGAUAUGCAUCUGGGAGGCGGAAAAGACUGCGCUGAAAUCGACACCAUUGCACGUAUCGAAAUCUGCUGUGAGAGCUUGUUGUUUCUCGAGAUCGGGAAAAUAUCUAUCUUCUGGAGGCGACGAUAAU